GGGCCGCUCGACUUCCGGGUCAAAGAGAGGUGGGAGAGAGAGAGAGAGAGAGAGAGGAGAGGAGAGGAGGGAAGGGGGCGGCCUGGAGCUCCGGCGCGUCCCCAGUGUGCCCCCCCCACACACACCGUCCACGGCCGCUGGCCACGGGGCCUGCAGCCGCGAGCCUGAGGCGCCACGCCGGCCCCCGGACGCCCUGCGCAGCGCCCCGGUUGGUGGUGGCCUCGCCCGCAGCCAGAAUGAGCGCUCUGUGCGGCUUCUAGGUCAGUGAUGUUGGGGCCAGCAAGCGGUUCAUGCGGAAGGUUAAGAAGCUACAACUGGACAAGAACAGCACAGGAAGUCGGAGGAGCUUCUCGCUGCGUUCCGACGGCGCUGAGAGGAUGUCGGUGGGGGCCGAGCGGGUGGGCGCGGGCGACAUGGACCCGGCAGCCGUGCGCUUCCAGGUGCCCAAGCACUCGUGGGACGGGCUACGUAACAUCAUCCAUGGCAGUCGCAAGCACUCGGGCCUCGUCCUCAACAAGGCCCCCCACGACUUCCAGUUCGUGCAGAAGACGGACGAAGCUGGCCCCCACUCGCACCGUCUCUACUAUCUAGGGAUGCCCUACGGCAGCAGGGAGAACUCCCUCCUGUACUCGGAAAUCCCUCGAAAGGUCCGGAAGGAGGCCCUGCUGUUGCUGUCCUGGAAGCAGAUGUUGGAUCACUUCCAGGCCACGCCGCACCACGGGGUGUACUCGCGGGAGGAGGAAUUGCUGAGGGAGCGGAAGCGCCUGGGCGUCUUCGGCAUCACCUCCUACGACUUCCACAGCGAGAGCGGCCUGUUCCUCUUCCAAGCCAGCAACAGCCUCUUCCACUGUCGCGACGGCGGCAAGAACGGCUUCAUGGUGUCCCCCAUGAAGCCACUGGAAAUCAAGACCCAGUGUUCGGGGCCACGCAUGGACCCCAAGAUCUGCCCUGCCGACCCCGCCUUCUUCUCCUUCAUCAACAACAGCGACCUAUGGGUGGCCAACAUUGAAACGGGCGAGGAGCGGCGACUCACCUUCUGCCACAGGGGCCUGUCCAAUGUCCUGGAUGACCCCAAGUCUGCAGGAGUGGCUACCUUCGUCAUCCAGGAGGAAUUUGACCGUUUCACAGGAUACUGGUGGUGCCCCACAGCCUCCUGGGAAGGUUCCGACGGCGUCAAGACGCUGCGGCUCCUGUAUGAAGAAGUGGAUGAGUCGGAGGUGGAGGUGAUCCACGUGCCGUCGCCCGCCCUGGAGGAGAGGAAGACGGACUCAUACCGCUACCCCAGGACAGGCAGCAAGAACCCCAAGAUCGCCUUGAAGCUGGCCGAAUUUCAGACCGACAGCGAGGGCAAGAUCAUUUCAGCACAGGAGAAGGAGCUGGUGCAACCAUUCAACAUGCUGUUCCCCCGGGUGGAAUACAUUGCCCGGGCCGGCUGGACCCGAGACGGCAAAUAUGCCUGGGCCAUGUUCCUGGACCGGCCCCAGCAGCGACUCCAGCUGGUGCUGCUACCCCCGGCGUUGUUCAUCCCGACCCCGGAGAGCGAGGAGCAGCGGGCGGCGUUCGCCAGGGCCGUGCCCCGGGACGUCCAGCCUUAUGUCGUGUACGAAGAAGUCACCAAUGUUUGGAUCAACGUACACGACAUCUUCUACCCCUUCUCGCAGCCUGACGGCCAGGAGGAAUUCUGCUUCCUCCGUGCCAAUGAAUGCAAGACUGGCUUCUGCCACCUCUACAAGGUCACAGCCCUCCUGAAGCCCCACGGCUACGACUGGGCGGAGCCCCUCCAGCCUAGUGAAGAUGAAUUCAAAUGCCCCAUAAAGGAGGAGGUGGCCCUGACCAGCGGUGAAUGGGAGGUUUUGGCAAGGCAUGGUUCCAAGAUCUGGGUGAAUGAGGAGACCAAGCUGGUGUACUUCCAAGGUACGAAGGACACGCCGCUGGAGCAUCACCUGUACGUGGUCAGCUACGAGUCAGCCGGCGAGAUUGUGCGCCUGACCACGCCCGGCUUCUCCCACAGUUGCUCCGUCAGCCAGAACUUCGACAUGUUCGUCAGCCAUUACAGCAGCGUGAGCACACCGCCCUGUGUGCACGUGUACAAACUCAGUGGCCCCGACCACGACCCCCUGCACAAACAGCCCCGCUUCUGGGCCAGCAUGAUGGAGGCGGCCAGCUGCCCCCCGGAUUAUGUGCCCCCCGAAAUCUUCCACUUCCACACGCGGUCGGACGUGCGGCUGUACGGGAUGGUUUACAAGCCACACUCUGUGCAACCCGGCAGAAAGCACCCCACCGUGCUCUUUGUGUACGGGGGCCCGCAGGUGCAGUUGGUCAACAACUCCUUCAAAGGCAUCAAGUACCUGCGGCUGAACACGCUGGCAUCUCUGGGCUAUGCCGUGGUCGUCAUCGACGGCAGAGGCUCGUGCCAGCGGGGGCUGCGCUUCGAAGGGGCCCUCAAAAACCAGAUGGGCCAGGUGGAGAUCGAAGACCAGGUGGAGGGCCUGCAGUUUGUGGCCGAGAAGUACGGCUUCAUCGACCUCAGCCGCGUCGCCAUCCAUGGCUGGUCCUACGGAGGCUUUCUGUCCCUUAUGGGGCUCAUCCAUAAGCCCCAGGUGUUUAAGGUGGCGAUCGCAGGUGCCCCCGUCACCGUGUGGAUGGCAUACGACACGGGGUACACGGAGCGAUACAUGGACGUCCCAGAAAAUAACCAGCACGGCUACGAGGCGGGCUCCGUGGCCCUGCACGUGGAGAAGCUGCCCAAUGAACCCAACCGCCUGCUCAUCCUCCACGGCUUCCUGGAUGAAAAUGUACAUUUCUUCCACACGAAUUUCCUUGUGUCCCAGCUGAUCCGAGCCGGGAAACCUUACCAACUCCAGAUCUACCCCAAUGAGAGACACAGUAUUCGCUGCCCGGAGUCGGGCGAACAUUAUGAGGUCACGCUGCUGCACUUCCUACAAGAGUACCUGUGAGCCUACGCCUGCGCCGUCACCUCAGCCCGCCCACCCGCCUGGGGCCUCCACACAGAGCACAAGAGGCUGCGGCCACCACCGCCACCGCCACCAGGGACCGGGCGGAUGGCCUGAGAGAGCCGGCCCUUCCCACCGGCCGCCCGACAGCCCUGCAUCCGGAGGAGCCACAGCCC